GUAUAUGUAUUUUUCCAAAUCCUAUUUUUGUUGCUUUGAGAUGGGGGAUUUUUAGUGGGAGGUGUCAUGGUGAAAUGAACAUAUUUUCAUUCUAUUUCUGUCUGCAGGGAGAAACAUUUGUUUGGGUUAAUGGUGCAUCAGCUCAUUCCCAGAGUGUUGCCAAGGCCAAAUAUGACUUUUUAUUUGGUGGAUCAGAAAAUGAAACUACUUCAGAAUCUGGUAGCCAUGGAGGUAGUGUUCUUCUCCCACAGAGCAUCAAUGAAUUCCCGGAAUACGGGUCUGUAGAAGCCCAGACGCUGGAGAAAUCAUCUGAGAUUCAUGGGGAAGACAUAACAAGUGCUUUGGAUGGACAUCUGAGUGAUCAGAUGCUCUGUGAACCUUAUGAAAAUGGCAGUUCUGGUGAUGGAAUGGAAACAGCUUCUGAAACGUUGCAAAGCCUGUCCAAAAUGGAAGAACAGUCUCAGCGUCUUGACAGACAGAGUGAGGUUUCUCAAGAUUUAGAAUCAGAAAAGGCCCAGGAUGAAGGCAGUAAAGUUCCUGAUUCAGAGAUGCAAAUGGAAAGUGAGAGAAGGCCUGGGACAGAAGUUGAAGAGGCAGCCAGGGAGAAGGUUCUUGCCGGCCAGGAAAAGCCUUCAGAAAUGCCUCUUCCACCUGAGCUAAUGGCAGAGAGGAAAUUGUACUGGAUCACAGAGGAAGACUCUAUGAUCUUAACCAUGGAAGUUCAGCCUGCGACCUUGCCAACUUCCGGUGGUGGAACUGAGGAAGCCCAGAAAAUAUGCGAAAGGAGUAGUCACAUGCCUUUGGCUGGCCCAAAGGAUGAAAACCUGGGCAUUGAUGGUGGCGUCGGAGGUGCCUGGGCAGAAUUUGAGCGGGAGUUUGCCAUGGAUGAUACAGAAAAAGCAGAACUGUUCCCCGAGAGGAGGAUAUCAAAAGAGACAGCAGUGAACAAACAUGUGGAAUUUCAAGGGGUGGAAAUUCUUUGGAUACAAAAAGCCGGGGAACAGAAAGAAAAGGGGCACUCUGAAACAGAGAGUGUAGAAAGGAGAACUUUCUCCAACUUGUCAAUCCAUCAGACAUCAUACAUUCCUUCAACAGGAUUAAUUGGCUUGCCCGAUCGCCCUUGGAAUGUAUCCUGGAAGAACCUCAAAUCUCUGACAACCUCAACAAAAGGUGAAGAAGGCGAAGUCUCUGGAACGAAAGAAAAGGAUUGGGCUCAGGAAGGAAAAUCUGGGCCAGGCGAGGAAAGGCUAAUGGAGGAGGAAGAAGGUCUCAGUGGGAGAAUGGAAGAUGUCCUUGGGCAACUCUCUGAAAUCUCAACAGAUGUGUACAGCUCCCAGUUUGAAAGCAUUCUGGACAAUGCAUCUUUAUAUUACAGUGCCGAAUCACUAGAAACGUUAUAUUCUGAGCCUGACAGCUACUUCAGCUUUGAAAUGCCACUCACUCCAAUGAUCCAGCAACGUAUCAAAGAAGACGCUCAGUUUUUAGAAAGGACUCCCGGAGAGGUGAUGAGAAAGGACUCUUGCAAUGGAGUCGCCAAUGGACACGGAGACGUUAAAGAGUCAGACCUUGCUGCAGCUUGUCCUUCGGAAAGCAAUGCAAGGCUGGAAUGUACUACCCCAUUAGAUGCCACAGGGGAUAUGGGCAGCCAUGAUGUUCUGGAAAAAGAGGGACAUGAAAACCUGAGCCAUGACUUCAUCAACGGUACGACCAGUGGUAAUGUGGAGGCUGCACGGAGGCUGGCAAAGCGCCUCUAUCAUCUGGAUAGAUUCAAACGAUCUGAUGUGGCAAAGCAUUUGGGGAAAAACAACGAGUUUAGUAAGCUUGUAGCUGAAGAAUACCUCAAGUUCUUUGAUUUCACGGACAUGUCUUUGGAUUACUCUCUCAGGACAUUUUUUAAAGCCUUUUCCCUCAUCGGAGAAACUCAGGAAAGAGAGAGAGUUCUAGUUCAUUUCUCCAGCAGAUACCACCAAUGCAACCCCAGUGCUAUUUCCACACAAGAUGGAGUCCAUUGCCUCACAUGUGCAAUGAUGCUGCUUAACACUGACCUUCAUGGCCAUAACAUUGGCAAAAAAAUGUCCUGUCAAGAAUUCAUUGCCAAUCUUCAAGGAAUGAAUGAGGGUGCAGAUUUCCCAAGAGAACUCCUGAAGGCUCUUUACAAUUCAAUCAAAAAUGAAAAGCUUGAGUGGGCAGUAGAUGACGAAGAGAAGAAGAAAUCCCCUUCUGAUGGCACCGAUGAGAAGGAUAAUGGAAACAAAUCUGUCAGUCGCAUCGGCAAUUCCAGCAACCCUUUCCUGGAUAUUCCUCAUGAUCCCAAUGCUGCUGUGUACAAAACCGGAUUCCUGGCACGUAAAAUCCAUGCUGAUAUGGAUGGAAAGAAGACUCCACGAGGAAAGAGAGGAUGGAAAACCUUUUAUGCUGUCCUUAAAGGAACUGUGCUUUAUUUGCAGAAGGACGAAUUCAAACCAGAGAAGGCUUUAUCAGAGGAUGACCUUAAGAAUGCCGUCAGCGUGCACCAUGCGCUAGCAUCAAAGGCAACUGACUAUGAGAAAAAGCCAAAUGUCCUGAAACUGAAGACAGCUGACUGGAGAGUGUUGCUUUUUCAAGCUCAGAGCCCUGAAGAAAUGGAGUCCUGGAUCAAUAAGAUCAAUUCGGUGGCAGCCAUUUUUUCUGCCCCACCGUUUCCAGCUGCAAUUGGAUCCCAGAAGAAAUUCAGCCGCCCUCUCUUACCUGCCUCCACCACCAAAUUAUCUCAGGAUGACCAGCUAAAAUCCCACGAGAGCAAACUGAAGCAGGUCUCUACUGAACUAGCCGAACAUCGUUCCUAUCCACCGGAUAAGAAACUGAAGGGCAAGGAGAUUGAAGACUAUAAGUUGAAAGACCAUUAUUUGGAAUUUGAGAAAGCCCGUUAUGAAAUCUAUGUGUCUCUUCUCAAAGAUGGAGCAGGAAAGGAGUUGCUGAGUACCAGUGAGAUUGAUGGUCCUGGACUGAAGAAAUGCCACUCCAGUCCUUCAUUAAAUCAGGAGUCUCCUGUUAGUGCCAAAGUGAAGCGUAACGUCUCUGAGAGGAAGGACUAUCGACCAGAAACUCCCAGCAUCAAGCAGAAGGUUACUUAAGGAAACCAAGGCAGGCUGGAGGAUCAUGCACCACUCUCUCUUUGAUAACCUGUCCUUUGCGAAACAAACAAAAAUUAACACAUCUGCCUGAAUGGGUGUUAGUGACAUUUUUCAGUUGUAAAUUUUGUUGUUUCUGUACAGGUUGUUGGAAAUGUUUUGGCUUCUAACUUGCAUUUGCCUAGUUAAGUUAUCACAGAGCAAUUGAUCCAGUCCUUUUAAAAAAAAAUAAGAAAAGAAGGGGAAAAAAAUUGGAAUAGGACAAGAGAGAUUUCAUGGUGUAUUUAUCUCUCUGUCAUACCUUGGUCUUCUUUUGUUGGCUUCCAAUUUUCAUCUGAACUGCUGCUGCUGCUGUUCAGCCGUGUGUGGGAAUGAUGAGACAAGUGGAGGCUUAUCAACUUGUUAAGCCUUGUCAGCGGAUAAGCUAAGAUGUAAAAGAGACUGGGUAAAAAAUGUUCAAAUGUUGCCAAGCUCGGUAACAACACAUUAUUGGAAGAUAUGCCAGUAACUAGAUUAUUGAGUGAUCAGUCAUUGUGAUCUCUGAGUCCAAACUUUACAAGUUACCAAGUUAAUGUUUUGGAUGUAGAAACAGAUGAAGACCUUCGGUGAAUAGAAAUGAUUUCAACUGAAACAGGUCUUAUUUUUUCAUGUUCCUGGGUGGAAACUUUCUACUAUAAUCUCCUCUGUUUUAUCUGCACAUAGUGCUAUCCUAAUGAUUCUCAACAGCAAAUAAUCAUAUAUUCUUUGUACUGAUAGUAGUAGCAUAUAAUGUUUUUGUUCAAUUGGCAUUAUGAUCCUCCUUCAGAUGUUUAAGUAUUUUCAGGCACUUUAUAAACUAGUUGAUCAAAAUCUGGUACCAAUCCAGUCCCCAUUUGCUAACCAAGAGGUGCCCUGUGCUAUAGAAUUACCUAACAGAGAUGUCUGUCUAUCCCCAUAUCCAUACUGUAUUUCUUGAUGUUUUUUUUUUAAAAAAAUGGCCCGAAAAAACUCUUUUAUUAUUACAGUUCCUAGAGUGGUCUCAUUUCCAUUGCAGAAGAGGACAUUACAUCUGACUCUUUCCUGGGGAUGAAAAA